UAGUAAUGGCCGUUCCAUGGAUGCGGAUGUUUCCACCUGAACCCGACAGGGGUCCUGGCUUUUACGAAGCUCCUAGGCCUCUUCAUAUGCCACCCAGGGAUUCUCGGCCAUUUUCAUAUUUCAUGAUUCUUUUUCCCGAGACACUGAUGAAGGAAAUAAUUCGGCACACCAACAGGUAUGCACACCACCAUCUGCAGACAAACCAGAACAAUUUGGGACAAAAUGCAAGGGCGCGUUCUUGGAAAAAAAUUAUCUUGUCGGAAUUGAAAGCAUUUCUUUCAAUAUUUUACAACAUGUCAAUUGUAAGAAAGCCUUCAAUUCCCGAAUACUGGAAUUCAAGACUACCAAGUCAACGUUCAUCUUGGUUUCCACACACGAUGGCUAGAAACAGAUUUCAAAAUAUUUUGAAAUUCCUACAUAUCGCAGAUUUCCGGCGCAUGGUUGGAAGAGAGCAUCCUGCCUACGACCCUGCCGCCAUAUUUCGUCCUCUACUUAACUUCGUCAACAGGCAGUUCCUGCGCUUCAUCAUACCGAGGAGGGAAAUGUGUGUUGAUGAAUCCCUGGUGAGAACAAAAGGCCAUAGUGUGAUGCGUACGCUAUGGAAAAACAGACCGAUGCCCCUGACUAUACGGAAUGCGGAUCCGCAGCCAGGGGCCGCUGUAUACAUGAGACAGGGCAACUUCCUGUGUCUGGCAGCUCGUGAUGUAGAGGGCAAAAAGCCGGUGCGGCUCUUAUCUACUCUCCUGCCAGCGCAUGACCUUGGAUGUGGGCGUCCUAGAAUUGUCAAUGCGUAUAACCAUAAUAUGGGUGCCAUUGACAUGAAUGAUGGGUUAUUGAGUGCAUAUGGUGUCCAGCGCAAAACCAAGAAAGUCUGGAAAAAAGUGCUUCUACACAUUUUCCACAGAAUUAUGCAAAAUGCAUACAUACUCUACAGAGAGAACACAACUGAUCGCCCCGUACUGACUCGACUUAAUUUCAUCAUGCAGGUCGCAGAGUCCUUAUCGGGAUGCAAUGUCCCGGGCAUGCCAAGGCGCGCACGUCGAAGAGUCCAGAACCUAAAAGUACUACCGCGUGGAAAAGAAAAAGAUUGUUGCGUGUGUUCAUCCAAUGUGCGGCAUGGCAGAGGUGUGCGCCACAGGAGCAGAACAAUUUGAUCCAUAUGUAAAAGAGGCCUCCAUAGGCACUGCCUCGAAAGGCACAACGCAUGCGCAGAACUUUAGCAAGACAAUCUGGAAAUAAAUUUAUGCUGAGCAAUUUAUGAAAUAUUGUUUUACUUAU